UUUGUGAGGAAAACGAGCCUACAAGACAGCUGAGAGGAGUCAUGGCGCAUGCCUUAACAUUACUGCUGGAGAGCCCUGUGCUUGUUGCAGUCAUUUUAAUCACAGGAAUUGGGGGAACUUUUCAGUAUGGCUUCCACAUCUCCGUCCUCACCUCACCAUCUCUAUAUAUAAAAGAGUUGAUAAAUGCGACGUGUGUCCAGCGCUAUGAUCAUACUCUGGAGGCCUGGGAACUGUCCCUCAUCUGGUCCUUCACUGUCUCCAUGUACUGCAUCGGGGGCCUGCUUGGCUGUUUGGGGGCCGGACGUCUGGCUGCUGCUUACGGGAGGAAGAGAUGCCUGGUACUGAACAAUGUGCUGGCCAUCUGUGGAGCCGUGCUGGUGCUGCUGAGUAAAACUGCCCACUCCUUCGAGAUGAUCAUGGCAGCACGUUUCCUUUAUGGCAUCAAUGCAGGUGUAGCUCUGACUGUCCAUACUAUGUAUGUGCUGGAGUGCGCCCCCAAGAAGCUGCGAGGGAUGGUGGGUGUUUCCGUCGGCGGCUUUGUCUCAUUUGGCAAAUUUUCUGGCCAAGUGCUUGGCCUCAGUGAGGUGAUGGGGACAGAAGACCGCUGGCCCUUUUUGCUGGCCUUCAGUGGGUUUAUUGGUUUUCUGCAGCUGGUCACUCUGCCCUUCUUGCCGGAGUCUCCUCGCUAUCUGCUAUUGGACCGGGGGGACAGACCAGGCUGUGAGAAAGCUCUGCGGCGGCUGCUGGGGGCCGGUGGGGACCUCAGUUCAGAGGUGGAAGAGAUGCAGGUGGAGCAUGCAGCGCAGCAGGGUGUGAAGAGUCAUGGUGUGUUGGAGCUGCUGCUGUCCCGAUCUGUUCGCUGGCAACUUUUCACCAUCAUCGUCACCUUCACCACACUACAACUGUGCGGCAUCAACGCUGUGUACCUGUACUCGUUUGAUGUGUUCCGUGCUGCAGGUAUCCCGGCCCAGAACCUGCGCUAUGUGGCUCUGGGGACAGGACUGUGUGAGAUAUCCACCACUGUCGCCUGUGGGAUGGUGAUUGAGAGCACAGGGAAGAGAGUGCUGUUGAUUCGGGGUUAUCUGGGGAUGGCCGCUACGCUGCUCAUCUUGACCAUCAUGCUGUACCUGCAGGAAUACGUUUCAUGGAUGCCGUACUGCAGCAUGGUCCUCAUCUUCAUCUUCAUCUUUUUCUUCUCCAGUGGACCAGCUGGUGUGACAGCGCCCCUCCCUGGUGAGAUUUUUACUCAGUCGUAUAAAACGGCGGCGUUCGUUGUGGCGUGUACACUGAACUGGAUGGGGCUAUUUUUUGUUGGCAUGGUGUUUCCUCUCAUUGUGGAGUAUUUGGACUUCUUCUGCUUUCUCAUCUUCUUCUUCUUCUGCUUUGUCUCGGGUGUGUUUGUGUGGUACGGCGUGCCGGAGACGCGGAACAGAAGCAUCAUGGAGAUCAGUGCCGAGUUUGAGAGAAUGCACAACAAAACCAAACCUGCACCAGAGAACAAACUCAACACUCUGUAUCUCACUCACUCACAGACAGGACAAGCCACCAAACUGUGAUUCCAAUAUUGAUAUGUCACAUGCUCAUGUAACAGUGUAGUUGCUUUUAGAUGCCAGUAAAUAAACAUGCAGUGAUUCCUCCUCA